AUGACCUCUUUCAUCGGCCCGCUUCCUUUCCACGGCAGAUUCGCCACCGCUGCGAUGGGCGUUUUCUGGGAUAUCCAGGAGUGCGGGAUGAAUGAGUUCUGGGAUAUUCCGCCUGGGGAACGCAAUGCUGCGGUGGUUGUGCAGAAAAUCCGAAAGACUAUUUCCGAUUCUGGUCAUCGUGGUCCGCUCUUCAUCAGCGCUUAUGGCGAUAUGACUCCUCACGACUUUUCCUCCUCCGGAAUCAAGACCACUCACUUUUUCCCAGAAGAGAAAUACGCGAGAGAGCAGAGGAUGGUGGAGGACAUUAAAUCGUGGUCGGCUGAGAAUCCAAAACCAUCUUCGUUUAUGCUCAUCGCCGGCGACGUCGUCUCAAACGACAUUCUUAGGGCUGUUCGACUUUUGAAAAUUAGGAAGAAAUUCAAGUUGAUGUACAUUCACCCUCACCACUCUGAGCCCGAGGUUCUGGUUGCUUCUACCUCUGGUCGAGCCUAA